ACGAGUUAAAAUGAGCAAGGGAAGAUACGUGAAUUUUGCACGGAAAAAGAAAUUUAAAGGCCACAGUGGCCAUUUCGCCGAUGUCGAGACAAACGAUAUCGAUGUGGCAAACGGGGCGUCGCGUAAGGUGAAAUCGAAAAAACGGCCGGCGUUCAAGUUUUCCGUCAAAGAAGAGGAAGCCGAAAUCGAGCGACUGCAGCACCGGUACCAACAAGCUGCCUCUUUCAAACCGGAAGAUGUGAAAACGUUCAGCGACUUUCCGCUUUCGAAGAAAACACUCACGGGUCUACAGGAGGCAGAGUAUUUGAAACCGACGGUUAUACAGCGCGACUCCAUACUGGCCGGGGUCCUCGGCGAAGAUGUGCUGGCUGCUGCGAAAACGGGCAGUGGUAAAACGCUGGCCUUUCUCAUCCCGAUCCUCGAGCGUUUGUACGUGCAGAAGUGGACGCGUAUGGAUGGGCUGGGUGCACUCAUCAUCACACCGACCCGGGAGCUAGCGCUUCAGAUAUUCGAGACCAUGGCGAAGGUCGGCAAACAUCACGACUUUACGACGGGACUCAUUAUCGGAGGGCAGAACCUCAAGUUUGAGCGCAACCGAUUGCACAAUCUGAACAUCAUCAUCGGAACACCUGGUCGUUUAUUGCAGCACAUGGACGAAAACCCGCUGUUCGACGCGACCAACCUGAAAGUGCUCGUCCUGGAUGAAGCGGACCGCUGUCUCGAUAUGGGGUUCGCGUCAACGAUGAACGCUAUCGUCGAAAACUUGCCAUCCGUCCGGCAAACGCUGCUGUUUUCGGCCACGCAAACGAAAUCCGUACGCGAUCUCGCUCGCGUAAAACUGACCAAUCCUCGCUACAUUGCACCCCACGAACAUGAGCAAUCGGCCACGCCAGUAAAACUACAGCAGAGCUACGUGGUGGUCACGCUGCCGGAAAAACUGACCAUGCUCUGGUCAUUCCUGCGCACACACCCGAAGCAAAAGAUUAUCGUUUUCCUUGCCACUUGCAAGCAGGUGAAGUAUUUCUAUCAGAUUUUCAAAAAACUACGUCCCGCAAACCUCUUACUUCCACUGUACGGCGGCAUGAAUCAGGAGAAACGGAACAAGAUUUAUACAGAGUUUUGUGGAAAAAAGACCAACGUUUGUCUGCUAGCGACGGAUGUCGCAUCGCGUGGGCUCGACUUCCCGAAGGUGAACUGGGUGGUGCAGAUGGAUUGCCCGGAAGAUGUGGCCCAGUACAUCCAUAGAGCCGGUCGUACAGCCAGGCUGAACACGAGUGGGGAAAACUUGCUCGUUCUAUUGCCUCAUGAAGAGCAGGCCAUGCUAGAGUCGCUGGAAGGAAACAAAAUUCCCAUCAAACAAAUCCGGAUCGAUGAGCGCCAACUGUUUUCCCCGUUGGUGAAAAUUCAAUCGAUGCUUGCUCAGUCACCGGAGCUGAAAGAAUGUGCCAAAAGAGCAUUCGUGGCGUACGUAAAGUCAGUGGCUUUAAUGAAAAAUAGAGAAGUGUUUCAGCUGCAAAAAUUGAAUCUUGACGGGUAUGCGAAAUCGCUCGGAUUGAACGUAACGCCGCGUGUUCGCUUCCUGUCCCGAGUGGCAACGGAUCGUAAACCUGUCACGACACCGCACGGUACGGGGCCUGGUACAGCAUCCUCGAUGAAGGUAGUACUAGACGAUGGGGACGACGAGAGCGAUGCUGAUGACGAUGGUGAGCUGUUGAGGGUCAAGCGUGUCGAGCAUGACUCUGUGGAAUCGGAGGAUAGCGUUGGUGACAUUCAAGCAUCCUUAGACGAAACACCUGCACACACCGUAGCGCCAUCCAAGAAGCGUAUGUCGAAAGCAAAGAUGGUAAAAAAAUCACUCGUCGUUAGCAAGCGCACGGUGUUCAAUGAAGAAGGUGCUCCAAUCGAAGAGGAAGGGACGGAAGCAGGAGCGUCUCAGGUGUACGACAUAAACGAGGCACGGCUUAAGCUCCAGCAGCAGGACGCUGCUGACAAGGAGCGGUAUAAGCAACUAAAAAAGGCAAAACGAGCGGAAAAGAAGGAGAAGGACCGCAAGAAAAAGGUCGCACCCGAGCAGGAUGAGCACGACGGGGACGACUUUGGCAGCGAAAGCGACACGAGUGUUAAUCUGGAUUGGUUACCGGAUCCGGAUAAGGUGUACGGCAAGCAUAAGCAAUCUACGAGCGAAGAUGAAUCGCAAAAUUCAGACGAAGAUGACCAUCCUGCUGCUCCUGCAAAGAAGAAACGAAUGAUUUUGAGCAGAACCCAAGAUCUAUCCCUCAACGAAGCAGAACAGUUAGCAAUGAAUUUGCUGAAGUAAAGUUAAAUAUGUGAGCCCAAUUAAUAAGGAUAAAUAAAAUAAAGUCCGU